UGGAAUCAAGUCAUGUCAAAUGGCAGUUGUGAAAAGGAUGGGUGAAAUAGAAGAUGAACUCAACUGAAUUCAGUGAAGAUGUAGAAGAAGUUUUAAAGAAUAACGCAGUCAAAGUGGAAACAGAGACGGAAGAUGCUGCCUUGGACUGCUCAGUGAACUCCAGGUCUGAGAAGCACCCUCUGGACAGUGUGUUCAGUGCCCUCCAGGACUCCAGCAAACGGAAGCAAUCAGGCAGCGAUGGCCAGGCAGACCCUGUCCCCAGCGUGAAGAGGAGGCGGUUGAUACCAGAGGCUCUCCUGGCAGGCAUGAGGAACCGGGAGAACAACUCGCCCUACCUGGGGAAUGGAGAACAGGCCGGCAGAGGCAAGACUGUGGGCUCUGUGUGGCUGGGUGAGGAGGACUCCUGUAAUGAUGUGACCACCCCUUCCUAUAAGAAGCCUCUGUAUAGCAUCUCGCACAAGAUCAUGGAGAAGAAGAACCCUCCCGUGGGGGACCUGCUCAGCACCUAUGAGCUCUUCGAGAAGGUGAAUGCCAACAAUAGCCCCUCCCCACUGCGGCUCUUGAAUGAGCCACAGAAGCGGGAUGGUGGCAUUGUAGCAGCAACCACCGACGGUGACCCCAACAUCUACUUUCUGAUCCAGAAGAUGUUCUACAUGCUCAACACCCUCAACUCCAACAUGUCCCAGCUACACAGCAAGAUGGACUUGCUCUCCCUGGAGGUGAAUCGUGUCAAGAAACAGGUGAGCCCCACUGAGAUGGUGGCUAAGUUCCAGCCUCCCCCCGAGUACCAGCUCACGGCUGCCGAGCUCAAGCAGAUCGUGGACCAGAGCCUGUCGGGUGGAGACCUGGCUUGCCGUCUUCUAGUGCAGCUCUUCCCGGAGCUCUUCAGUGACGUGGACUACUCCCGAGGCUGCAGUGCCUGCGGCUUCGCCGCCAAGCGGAAGUUGGAAUCACUGCAUCUGCAGCUCAUUCGCAACUAUGUCGAGGUCUACUACCCCUCGGUGAAGGACACGGCUGUGUGGCAGGCUGAGUGCUUGCCCCAGCUGAACGACUUCUUCAGCCGCUUUUGGGCUCAGCGGGAAAUGGAGGACAGCCAGCCGGCGGGUCAGGUUUCCAGCUUCUUUGAGGCUGAGCAGGUGGACACCAGCCACUUCCUGGACAACAAAGACCAGGAGGAGGCGCUGUCUCUAGACCGGAGCAGCACCAUUGCCUCAGACCAUGUGGUGGACACGCAGGACCUCACCGAGUUCCUGGAUGAAGCCUCGUCGCCUGGCGAGUUUGCUGUCUUCCUUCUACAUCGGCUUUUCCCCGAGCUCUUUGACCACCGGAAGCUAGGAGAGCAGUACAGCUGCUACGGGGAUGGCGGCAAGCAGGAGCUCGACCAGCAGCGGCUGCAGAUCAUCCGCAACUACACGGAGAUCUACUUCCCUGACAUGCAGGAGGAGGAGGCCUGGCUGCAGCAGUGUGCCCAGCGCAUCAACGAUGAGCUCGAGGGCCUGGGGCUGGACGGGGGCAGCGAGGGCGAGCCCCCGCGGGACGACUGCUACGACUCCUCAAGCCUGCCGGAUGACAUCUCCGUGGUCAAGGUGGAAGACAGCUUCGAGGGCGAGCGUCCCGGUCGGCGCUCCAAGAAGAUCUGGCUGGUGCCCAUCGACUUCGACAAGCUGGACAUCCCGCAGCCAGACUUCGAGGUGCCCGGCGCCGACUGUCUGCUCAGCAAGGAGCAGCUGCGCAGCAUCUACGAGAGCAGCCUGUCCAUUGGCAACUUCGCCUCCCGCUUGCUCGUGCACCUCUUCCCUGAGCUCUUCACCCACGAGAACCUGCGCAAGCAGUACAACUGCAGCGGCUCCCUGGGCAAGAAGCAGCUGGACCCGGCCCGCAUCAAGCUCAUUCGCCACUACGUGCAGUUGCUCUAUCCACGGGCCAAAAACGACCGCGUCUGGACCCUGGAGUUUGUAGGCAAACUGGACGAGCGAUGCCGGCGCCGGGACACGGAGCAGCGGCGCUCCUACCAGCAGCAGCGCAAGGUCCAUGUUCCCGGCCCCGAAUGCAGGGACCUCGCAAGCUAUUCCAUUAACUCCGAGCGCUUCAGAGAGGAGUUCGAAGGGCCCCCGCUGCCCCCUGAGAGAAGCAGCAAGGACUUCUGCAAGAUCCCCUUGGACGAGCUGGUUGUCCCCUCUCCCGACUUCCCGGUGCCUUCUCCAUACCUGCUGACAGACAAGGAGGUGAGGGAGAUAGUGCAGCAGAGCCUCUCCGUGGGCAACUUUGCCGCGCGUCUGCUCGUCAGGCUCUUCCCUGAACUCUUCACUGCUGAGAACCUCCGGCUGCAGUACAACCACUCCGGGGCGUGCAACAAGAAGCAGCUGGAUCCCACACGGCUGCGGCUCAUUCGUCACUACGUGGAGGCGGUCUACCCCGUAGAGAAGAUGGAGGAGGUGUGGCACUAUGAAUGUAUCCCGAGCAUCGAUGAGCGGUGUCGCCGUCCCAACAGGAAGAAAUGCGACAUCCUGAAGAAAGCUAAGAAAGUGGAGAAGUGAUACCUAUGGAGCACCAUAGAAUGAGAGAUGGCCACCCUGGGGACUAAGAAUUCAUUCCCAGCUCGUGAUUGGUAUCCACAGACCGCACCUUAAGGCAGUGGGGAGUGGCUUACAUUUGCACACGUAAAUACCCACAAACCG